AUGAAGUAAGCAAUUAUCACCUUAGCAUUAGCAGGAGUGUUAUUUUUCUAACUUUAAUAUUUCGAGAUUAUAGACAUCUUAGAUUAUACCAAAAAUUCACUUUAAUAUCUAAAGAAAUCAUAGUCUUUCCUCUUAAUUCUAUAAGCAAGCUUGAUACUCGUCUUGAUUAGCAUUUUAAUCUUGUACAUUUUGUAAAGAAAUAUUUAAAAUAAGAAAGUUAUUUACAAUUGCGCCCCUAAAAAGAGUCGCUCUGAAUAUGAAAAUGAGGUCAAGAGGGAAACUCGCAAGUCUGUUGAUGCAUUAAUUAAUUCAGAUGAGUACAAAUAGCAUAGAAAAUUAUUUAAAACAUCAGAUGACUUCAUAAGUUAAAGAGAAAUGACCGAAUUAGAUGAGUUAAGUGACUCAUUAACAGAAAGUGAUAAUGAAGUAGAAAGCGGUGAAAAUAAUUAAUGA